AUGACGAUAGGUAGGAAUCUGAAACUUCUUCUGUGGAAGAAUUUCAUCUUGAAGAAGCGGAAGACCCUGGUCACCGUGCUGGAGAUCCUGGCGCCACUGCUGUUCUCCACGAUCGUCAUGUAUCUUCGCCUGAACAGUCUGCCCCAAAAAAGGCCUCCUUUGAAUUACCUUGUGAUCAGCAUCAGUUUGCUGCCAGACUUCUUCUAUUUCCCCAUGCAGACUAGAUACCAGCUAGUGUACAUCCCUUCCAAGAGCAGAACAUUAAAGGCUAUCAUGGAAAUGGUGGAGAAAUCCUUUGACGUUGAGUUUGAAGUUCUAGGCUAUUCUUCGGUGCUUGUCUUUGAAAGUUACAUAAUCCAGGACCCCAAAGCCUUCUACAUGUGGGCCGGAAUUGUCUUGGAUCACUACUUCAAUGACAGCAAGCAGCCCCUGCCGCUGGAGAUCAAAUACCACCUGCGCUUGAGCUGCAUUCAGAGGAACUCCUUAACCUUGAAGGUGACGACAUACCGUGAUAAGCUGGAAGACUGCACAUCCUUCCUUUAUCCUCCAAACCCGAGCCAAGUGCCCCUGGCCUUUGGACAUUUCGACGGGGGACUCCCUGGAUACAGCAAGGCAGGCUUCCUGACCUUACAGCAUGCUCUGGACAAGGCCAUCGUGCAGCACCGCGCCCACAAUGUGAUGACCCAACUGUUCGAGGACCUCGCUGUGCUCGUGAAGAGGUUCCCGCAUGGAGCCCACAUCCAGGACACGUUCUUGCUGAUCCUUCAGAACGAGUUCCCUCUUCUGUUCAUGCUCAGCUUCAUCUGCAUCCAGCUCAUCAUCAUCAAUUCUGUUGUCCUGGAGAAAGAGAAAAAGCUGAAGGAGUAUAUGUGCAUGAUGGGAGUGAACAACUGGCAACACUGGGCUGCCUGGUUCACCAUGUUUUUCAUCUCCACCCUCAUGGUCGUCUCUUUCAUGACUGUCCUCUUCACGCAGGUGCACGGUGUGACGGUGUUCAGGAACAGCGACCCUAGCUUGAUAUUCAUUUUUCUACUGUGUUUUGCCACUGCCACAAUUUUCUUUGCAUUCAUGAUCAGCACAUUCUUCCAGAGAGUCCAGGUAGCACCUGCCGCCGGAGGCAUCCUCUGCUCCUUCACCUACCUCCCAUCCCUCUAUCUCAUGUUCAGCUACCCCCAGAGGACCCACUUCCAAAAGAUGGCCUUCUGUCUGCUCUUGAACGUCGCCAUGGCCUUGGGAGUCCGAUUAAUCUCUGCAUUUGAGAUAAAAGGCACAGGCAUGCGGUGGAAGAAUAUCGGCAGCGUGAGGGGGGAGUUUAACUUCUCCCAGGUGCUGCUGCUGCUGCGGCUGGACUCCGUUCUGUACGGCGUGGUGGCCCGGUGCGUGGAGGCCGUGCUCCCAGGGGAGUGCGGCGUACCCAAGCCUUGGUACUUCUUUUGUGGGCAGUCGACGCCCCUCACAUGGUCAGUGCUGGAUGUGGGGGAUCCUGACAAAGCUCCGAGAAGCAAGUUCUUUCAGGAAGAGCCUACCAAUUUGGUGAAAGGGAUUGAAAUCCAACAUCUGUACAAGGUGUAUCACAUGGGAAAGAAUAAACACAGAGCAGUCAAAGAUCUGACGAUGAAUCUAUACCAGGGGCAGAUCACCAUCCUCCUGGGACACAAUGGAGCCGGCAAAACCACCACGUGCUGCAUGCUCACAGGUCUUAUUCCUCCUUCAGGUGGAUGGGCCUAUGUCAACGGAUAUGAAAUUUCACGCGAUAUGGCUGAGAUCCGGAGGAGCCUGGGCUGGUGCCCCCAGCAUGACAUCUUGUUUGAAAACCUCACAGUAGCAGAGCAUCUUUAUUUCUAUGCUCAGCUGAAGGGCUUGUCCCGUCAGAAGUGCCCUGAAGAAGUCCAGCGGAUGCUGCAUGUCCUCGGUCUGGAGGACAAGCAGGACUCCCUGAGCCGGUUCCUGAGUGGGGGCAUGAAGCACAAGCUCUCCAUCGGCAUCGCCCUCAUAGCGGGCUCCAAGGUGCUGAUGCUGGACGAGCCCACCUCGGGCAUGGACGCCAUCUCCAGGAGGGCCAUCUGGGACCUCCUGCAGCAGCACAAGAGUGACCGCACCGUGCUGCUGACCACGCAUUUCAUGGACGAGGCUGACCUGCUGGGGGACCGCGUGGCCAUCAUGUCCAAGGGGGAGCUGCAGUGCUGCGGGUCCUCGCUGUUCCUCAAGCAGAAGUAUGGUGCCGGAUACUAUAUGACUUUAGUGAAGAAAUGUCAGUGCAGCACAGAGAUUUCUCAUCUGGUUUAUCAACACAUACCAAAUGCGGUUUUGCAGUCCAGCACUGGAGAAGAAUUAACAUGUAUUCUUCCUAAAAGGAGCAUGCACAGGUUUGCAUCUCUAUUUACCGAGCUGGAACUGAGGCAGACGGAGCUGGGGAUUGCCAGCUUCGGGGCUGCGGUCUCCACCAUGGAGGAGGUCUUCAUUCAGGUUAACAAGUUGUCAGACACCAGCACAGAUAUCUAAGCCCUCAAGAUCCCCUCGAUGCAGUCCCAACAAAGAGUCCCUAUCAGCAGGAUUAAACGCAUUCACUCCAGGAUCUUCUCAAUACAGUCAGGCCUGCCAAUCCAGAGGAACACUGGGGUCAGCCGUAUAUGCCAACAGUUCUAUGCCAUGUUCCUGAAAAGGGCCACAUACUCUUGGCACAACUGGAUGCUGAUGCUAACAAUAUAGGUCCUGGCACCUCUGGCGAUCACCAUCUUCAGCCUUGCCUUCUUCAACUUGGAAACGCGUAUGGACAAGGUCCCACUGGAACUGACCCUAAAAACAUACGGUCAAACCAUUGUCCCAUUCUAUAUUUCUCCCAAUUCCAGGCUGGGUCCUCGGCUUUCGGAACAUUUUACAAACAUGCUUGUGGCUGAGGAGCAGAUCCCUCUGGAGACUCUGAGCUCGGUGGAGGACCUCCUCCGGCGAAAGGCACAGGAGGAGCCCGAGGGCUUUGAUUACAAAUACGUCGUGGCGGCUUCCUUUGAAGACUCGGGGAACCACACCAUGGUGAUGGCGCUCUUCAACAAGGCGUACCACUCCCCUGCCGUGGCGCUGGCGCUCGUGGACAACUUUCUCUUCAAGCUGCUCUCCAGGGCCAGAGCCUCCAUCACAGUGGUCAACCACCCUCAACCCCAGUCGGCCCUGGAGGCCUCUGAGGAUAUCUUGUAUCAGGACCUGAAAGCACACUUUCUCAUUAUCAACUUGCUUUUCGGAAUGGCUUUCCUGUCCAGUUCCUUUUCCAUCUUGACAGUCAAGGAGCGAUCCACGAAGGCCAAGCACGUCCAGUUUGCCAGUGGCGUUUACGUGGCUACUUUCUGCCUGCUGUGGGACCUAGUCACCUCCCUCGUCCCCAGUCUGCUGCUGCUGGUGGUGUUUCUGUACCACAAGGAAGAAGCUUUUACACACAAGGACAACGUCCCGGCCUUUAUCUUGGCGCUUAUGCUCUAUAGCUGGGCAACCAUCCCCUUCAUCUACCUGACCAGCUUCUGCUUUCACUAUGAAGGCAGUGCUUUUAUCAAGCUCAUCAUCAUACUCACCUUCUCGAAGAUGGGCUACACAAUGGUGUUGGACUCCUUGGACCGCAUGUUCCUACUGCUGCCAGGCCACUGCCUGGGAAUGGCCCUCUUCAACUUAUACUACAAAUACGGAAUCCAGAAGUUAUGCAAAACCAGGAACCUGGACCACUGGGAGUGUAAUCAAAUUUCAGAGGGAUACACAGUCCAGGAGAGCGUCUACGCCUGGGAGUCUCUCGGGACAGGGAAGUAUCUGACGGCCCUGGUCAUCUCGGGGUUUGUGUACCUCAUCCUGCUCUUCCUCGUUGAAACCAACGUCUUGUGGGAGCUGAAAGCCGGGUUUUCUGACUUCAACAGGAAGCGACAAGUGGUGUUGAUGCACAGUGUAGCGUCAGUGCCCGUAGAUCAAGAUGUGGUGCAGGAGGCAAAGGUCGUGGAGAUUUACUUGGAAAAGCUGCGUGAGGAGAACCCACUGGUUCUUAGAGAAGUGUCAAAGUGCGAGGGUGGGGGAGGAGGCCGAGGGUGCGUGGGGCUCACGCACACACCACCACCCCUUCUUGGCAUCAACGGAGCCGGGAAAACGUCCAUCUUCAAAAUGCUGACUGGGGAAGAGCCCAUCACCUCUGGGGAUGCCUUUGUCAGGGGCCUCAGCAUCCGCUCUCACCUGAGGGAGGUGCGGCAGUGGGUGGGCUACUGCCCCCAGUUUGACACCCUGUUCAACCACAUGACAGGCCGGGAGACGCUGGUGGUAUACGCCCGGAUCCGGGGCAUCCCUGAGAGCCACAUCAGCGCCUGCGUGGAGCAGAUUCUUGACAGCUUACUCAUGUACGCGUACGUGGACAAGCUGGUGAAGACCUACAGUGGUGGCAACAAGCGGAAGCUGAGCACAGGGAUCGCCCUGCUUGGAGAGCCUUCGGUCAUCUCCCUGGAUGAGCCAUCCACUGGCAUGGACCCCGUGGCCCCGCACCUGCUCUGGGACACUGUGGCACGGGCCCGAGAGUCCGGCAAGGCCAUCAUCAUCACCUCCCACAGCAUGGAGGAAUGCGAGGCCUUGUGCACCCGGCUGGCCAUCAUGGUGCAGGGUCAGUUCAAGUGCCUGGGCAGCCCACAGCACCUCAAGAGCAAGUUUGGCAGCGGCUACUCCCUGCGGGCCAAGGUCCAGAGUGACGGGCAGCAGGAGGCGCUGGAGGAGUUCAAGGCGUUUGUGAACCUGACCUUCCCAGGCAGCAUCCUGGAAAAUGAGCACCAAGGGAUGGUCCAUUACCACCUGCCCAGGGAUGACCUCAGCUGGGCCAAGGUAUUUGACAUUCUGGAGCAAGCCAAGAUGAAGUUCAUGCUGGACGACUACUCUCUCAACCAAGUCUCCCUGGAGGACAUUUUCCUGAACUUUACCUGCUCUGUGCACCCAACCAAAGAGGAACACAAACAAGGCGCUUCUCCCGUGAAAGACGGGCCGGAGGGCACUGCCCAGUCCCUGACGGACACCGUGCUUGGGGUGGCUGGGGGCAGCCAGUGA